CUGGGUGCAGUGUGUGUGUGUUGCAGGUGCGGGAGAAGGAGCGCACGGACAGAUGGCUGCGCUGACAAUACAAAGGACUGACAACUUUUUGCACACGUUUUUACAGGACAGGACGCCCAGCUCGUCUCCAGAGGGAACCCCCAACGCACUCUCCUUCCUGGCCACCACCUGCAGCCAGGCCUGGCAGGUGGGGGGCAGCAUGGGCUCAGAAGGCUCCCAGUUCCCCUACGAAAGCACGGUCAGCUCCACGUCUGGAAUGUUUCAGCUCUGGAGCAACGACAUGGCGCCCAACACGGCCCUCAGCACGCACCAGAUGACCUUCACGGUGCCCAAGGUGCAGUUCCCUGGACACAUGCAGUCUGGCCUGAGCCAUCACCAUCACCAUCAUCAUCACCACCCCCACCAUCACCACCACGAGCUGCCUCUGACCCCUCCGGCUGAGCCCGCAUCGUCCUACUCCUUCGAAUUGUCUCCUGUUAAAAUGUUAUCCUCACAGCCGCAGGCCAGCAGUCCCUAUUAUCCUCAGCAUAACAGUGUGGGACAAAGCUUCCCCAGCUUUCUCCAGAACUCCUCGGCCAGGCAUCACCUGUCUGGAGGCCAUGUAGAGGAAGGGCAGCAGUGGUGGAGCCUCCCCCAGACUAACACAACCCCUGCCAAUCACCCCUUCUCACUGGGCAGACAACUGGUCUUGGGUCACCAGCCACAAAUAGCUGCUCUUCUUCAGGGCACCUCCAAGGGUCUGCUGAGCUCCACACGCCGCUGCCGACGCUGCAAAUGUCCCAACUGCCAGGCGAACGGCGGAGGGUUAGAGUUUGGGAAGAAGAGACUUCACAUCUGUCACAUCCCGGAGUGUGGCAAAGUGUACAAGAAGACCUCUCACCUGAAGGCACAUCUGCGCUGGCACGCCGGAGAGAGGCCCUUCAUCUGUAACUGGCUCUUCUGUGGGAAAAGCUUCACCCGCUCUGAUGAGCUACAGCGGCACCUCCGCACGCACACAGGGGAGAAGCGCUUCGGAUGUCAGCAGUGUGGCAAGAGGUUCAUGAGGAGUGACCACCUCUCCAAACAUGUCAAGACCCAUCAGACCAGGAAGAGCCGGUCUGGGCAGCCUUCGCAGAAUACGGACCCUCUGCUCGCCAAUAUUAAGAGAGAGUAACUCUGCGGUCUGCCGUUCAGAAAUGUUAAAGAAGAACAAACAGACUGUGACCCACACUUACUGCCAUAGGUUUGCACUAAAGGGUAAGCGCCAUGCUUCCCAAGUUCUUUUUUUUUUUUUUUUGGCUUGUCAAAGUCCAGCUUUUUAAUUGUUGUAGUUCCAUGAAAAUAAAUUUAGCCAUAAAAAAAUAAAAUUUCGGCAAAAACAACUGUGUGCUGUUUGAGGCAACGCACCUUCUAAGAAAACUUGAAACCUUUUUCAGUGAUACUGUAAUUUUGCUGCUUUCAAUGUACUUUUCAGCACAUUUCAACCUGAUUUCGUACAAUAAUGUUUUUUGUUUUUUUUUAAACUGACAUGAAAAUCCUCUUUUUAUUUCAAACUUCAUCAUAUAAGAACGUCAUUCAUAUACAAGAAAAAAAAUCAAAUUCCGUAAUAUGUUGUCCAUAUGGUCACUUUAAAAAUAAAUGUAUGCCUCGCUAGGGCUUAAAGUUGCUGUACAAAAACUCUGUUUCUCUCUGAAACAGUAGCUUUAUAAUUGAUAACUGACUUUGCUGUUUUUAUUUGAUUGGAUUUUAAUUCCAAAACACAUCCUAUAAUCAUUCUGGUUCAAGGCAAAGAUCUCUGAGAGAGAGAUCUUAAACACUUAUCUGCUCUUCAGAUGCUGUAUAAAACACAAUUUAUGCAGAUAAGACAGUUCUUUGUAAAUUAUGUAUAAAUAUUAUGAAGUUUUAUUUGGGUUUUGGCAGCAUGUAAAUUUUAAUAA